GGCCCCCUCGGGCUAUUCCGAGACGCUGUUUACGUAUCGUCUCCGACGUACGUAGCGUUAAGUUGGAGCAGCCUCAGCGGCGGCCGCCAUUUUGUGCAGUCGCUGGGAAGGAAGGAGACGCCUGAACCGCGGCACUGCCGGGUUUGAGCGUAGCCAAACCUACCCACCGUUUUUAUAACCCCGAUUCUCUGUGUUUUGCUCCCGUCUCCGACGAGAGAGGCGGCGACGGUGGCGUCUGCGACGGGAGACAGCGCGUCGGAGCGAGAGAGCGCCGCGCCUGCCGCCGCCCCAACAGCGGAGGCGCCGCCGCCAUCGGUCGUGACCAGACCGGAGCCGCAGGCCCUCCCGAGCCCGGCCAUCCGUGCCCCGCUCCCAGAUCUCUACCCAUUUGGGACCAUGCGCGGAGGCGGCUUUGGGGACCGGGACCGGGACCGGGAUCGCGGAGGAUUUGGAGCAAGAGGCGGAGGUGGCCUUCCCCCAAAGAAAUUUGGUAAUCCUGGGGAGCGUUUACGUAAAAAGAAGUGGGAUUUGAGUGAGCUCCCCAAGUUUGAGAAGAAUUUUUACGUGGAACAUCCAGAAGUGGCAAGACUGACUCCAUAUGAGGUCGAUGAGCUCCGCCGAAAGAAAGAGAUUACAGUGAGAGGAGGAGACGUUUGUCCUAAACCUGUCUUUGCCUUCCAUCAUGCUAACUUCCCACAGUAUGUAAUGGAUGUGUUGAUGGAUCAGCACUUCACAGAACCAACUCCAAUUCAGUGUCAGGGAUUUCCAUUGGCUCUAAGUGGGCGGGAUAUGGUGGGCAUUGCUCAGACUGGCUCUGGAAAGACUUUGGCGUAUUUGCUGCCUGCAAUUGUUCAUAUUAACCACCAGCCAUACUUGGAAAGGGGAGAUGGCCCAAUUUGUCUGGUUCUGGCUCCUACCAGAGAGCUUGCUCAGCAAGUACAGCAGGUGGCUGAUGACUAUGGCAAGUGUUCUAGAUUGAAGAGUACUUGCAUUUAUGGAGGUGCUCCUAAAGGUCCUCAGAUUCGAGACUUGGAAAGAGGUGUUGAGAUCUGCAUAGCUACUCCUGGACGCCUGAUAGAUUUCUUGGAGUCAGGAAAGACAAAUCUUCGCCGAUGUACUUACCUUGUGCUAGAUGAGGCUGACAGAAUGCUUGAUAUGGGCUUUGAACCCCAGAUUCGUAAAAUUGUAGACCAAAUCAGGCCUGACAGGCAGACACUGAUGUGGAGUGCCACCUGGCCAAAAGAAGUGAGACAGCUUGCAGAGGAUUUCCUGCGUGAUUACACCCAGAUCAACGUGGGCAAUCUGGAGUUGAGUGCCAACCACAACAUCCUUCAGAUUGUGGAUGUCUGCAUGGAAAGUGAAAAAGACCACAAGUUGAUUCAACUGAUGGAGGAAAUAAUGGCUGAAAAGGAAAACAAGACAAUAAUAUUUGUAGAGACAAAGAGACGCUGUGAUGACCUUACUCGAAGGAUGCGCAGAGAUGGUUGGCCUGCUAUGUGUAUCCAUGGAGAUAAGAGUCAACCAGAACGAGAUUGGGUACUUAAUGAGUUCCGUUCUGGAAAGGCUCCCAUCCUCAUUGCCACAGAUGUAGCCUCCCGUGGGCUAGAUGUGGAAGAUGUCAAGUUUGUGAUCAACUAUGACUAUCCAAACAGCUCAGAGGAUUAUGUGCAUCGUAUUGGCCGAACAGCCCGUAGCACCAACAAGAGUACUGCCUAUACCUUCUACCCAGGGAACCUGAAGCAGGCCAGAGAGCUGAUCAAAGUGCUGGAAGAGGCUAAUCAAGCCAUCAAUCCAAAACUGAUGCAGCUGGUGGACCACAGAGGAGGCGGCGGAGGAGGGGGUAAGGGAGGUCGUUCUCGAUACCGGACCACUUCUUCAGCCAACAAUCCCAAUCUGAUGUCGGAUGAGUGUGACCGGAGGCUUCGAGGAGUUAAAGAUGGUGGCCGGAGAGACUCUGCAAGCUAUCGGGAUCGUGGUGAAACCGAUAGAGCCGGUUAUGCUAAUGGCAGUGGCUAUGGAAGUCCAAAUUCCGCCUUUGGAGCACAAGCAGGCCAAUACACAUAUGGUCAAGGCACCUAUGGGGCAGCUGCUUAUGGCACCAGUGGCUAUACAGCCCAGGAGUAUGGUGCUGGCACUUAUGGUGCUAGUAGCACCACCUCAACUGGGAGAAGUUCACAGAGCUCUAGCCAGCAGUUUAGUGGGAUAGGCCGGUCUGGGCAGCAGCCACAGCCACUGAUGUCACAACAGUUUGCACAGCCUCCAGGAGCCACCAAUAUGAUAGGUUACAUGGGGCAGACGGCCUACCUACCCCCUCCGCCCCCGCCCCCUCCUCCUUCACGUAAAUGAAACCACUCAGUGGUAGUGACUCCUGCAGACUUCAUUACAUAGAAAGGAACACUGUCUUUACUUUCCCCCUGCUUUUUUCUUUACCUUUUUUUUUUUUUUUUUUUUUUUUUUUUUAAUUAUUGGGGUUUUUUUUCCCUCCCAACCAUUGUGAUUUGUCUUUUCAUGCAGAUUAGUUAGAAUUCACUGCCAGGUUUCUUCUGCCCCCUGUCCCCAAAUAUAAUCCAGUCUGUAAUAACUGAUUUUGUAAAAAUAUAUAUAUAAUGACUAGAAGAGGAAAAUUUCUUCCCCCAACUUCUUGCAUGUUGAGGAUAUUUGAGCUAUUUUUCAUCUUAAAAGAAAAAAGUAAGGUAUUAGGAGGCCCUUUUGUGGGAACCCUUUUUUGUUGUCCUGAGUUUGUGGGGAGGGUGGGGGGAGGGCUGGAUUGUCCUGCAGAAGAAGAUGGCAUCUGUGCUGUGAAUUGCUCUCAUCACUGGGUUAGAAAACCAAGAGGGAUAAACCUGCACAUUUUCCAUGACGAUUUUUUUUUUUUUCUUUUUUUUUUUAAAGCAUUUCUCAAGUUGGAUCAGGGUUCCAGGGUUCCUUGGGCCUGAUGGUUUUAAGAUCGUGCUUUGCCAUUGUCAUUUUGGCUGAUGGCUUGAGUGCAUUUGACAGUUACAUUUUUAAUUGAUUUUCUCUCCCUUAAGUCUGCCUCCCCCCCCCCGCCCCAGUUACUGAUAAAACUGGUGAGUUUAAUGUCAGGUUAGAAUUGAAUUGCUGAGUCUCAGUUUAAUUCUUUUAAAUUAAAAACCCAAGCGUUAAUCGCAUUGGUUAAACUGCAGCAUCUUGGCAUUGGGGUGAAAACCUGCCUGUUUUCUUCCCCAUUUAAGCAGGGACCAUCUAUGAAAUUAAUUUCUAGCCAGACUGUUGCUGUGAGCAAAUGAAUGUCAGUGCUCACUGGAAAUUUACUUUUUUAAGUAGUUGAGCCUCUGCAUUCACCUGCAGUGUGUAAGGCACCUUUAAUGAUAAACAUUGUAUUCAAAAUGGAGGCAGAUUUUCCUUUUAAACUCAGUAUUUGUAGAACUAGGGUAAAAGCAGCUCUUUGCCGCUCACUCUGCCCCUUUGGCCAAGUUAUCUUGAGCAGACACUCUUAGGCACCCCUGAGCUCUCGCGCUCUGUCCUGCAGCGCUUCUAACACUUCUGGAGGCACACGCUGUCCUCAGCGUCCCUUUGCACUCAGCUUUUCACAGGUAGGUAGUGCUUAGGAAAUGUCCUGGAGGACUUAAGUCCAAGUCCUUUUUACUUUUCCUCUAUGUGAAGGUAGGUGGGUGGGUCCCCUUCAUAGUGAUACUAUCUUACUAAGACUUCAACAGCUAAUGGACCUGGAAAGAAUACUCUUUUGUGUUCACCAGAACCAUAGGCAGGCAGGCAGGCCAUCCCAGAAGCCCCUUCCAUACCUAUUGUGGUGGAACUGUUCAUUUUUAUGCUGUUACCAGUAUCACAGUGCAGGAGGAAGGCUCCCUUCCUAUUCUCAGGCUAUGGCCUGAAUGUGCUUGCUGGUUUGUAAGAUCUAAAAAUUGAAAUACUUGAGGUUUUUUGUUUUUGUUUUCCUUUUAAAAUCCUUCAGGGAGAGAGAAGGGAUGGUUUCUGAGGGGUUCUGAAAGUAUUGAUUCAAUGUGCAACAUACCAGGUAGGUUGUCAGCAUAAGCUGAAAUGUAUGCAUGUAAAAACUUUGGCAUCCUUUUUAUUUUCCACUUCCUUCUUUACUGCUCUUUUUGUUCCCCCAUCUUUAAAAAGUAGAGGCCAAGGAGGAUGGUGGGCACAGAAGAAAUAUGCAAAACUGUUCUGUGCUUUUAAACCAAAGUGUUGUGUCUUCCCGCCAUCUCACCCCAUCCCUCCCCAAAGAGAAGGUAUCUAAGCACUGAUCAGUCUGUUGUGGACAUUUCUUUCUACAACCAAAUUCUGGUUUUUUUUUUUUUGUUGUUGUUGUUGUUGUUGUUGUUUUUAAACAUAAGAGAUUCCACCACAGGGGACGUCCUACUCUAUUGCAGCUCCUGAAAGCAUCCGUUUUCAGGGAAAGGUCUGUGUAUACAAGCAGUAGUCCGAUUGCUUGCUUUCCCUUUUCUUAAAAUGAAAAAAUAGCAAAUUCCAAAUUUCACAAGCUCUUGUGGCCUGAGCACAGCUGAAGUUUAGCAGUUUUUUUCUGUAUAACUCUCUGAUGAAUUUCUGACAAAUGCUCUCUUGAUGCUGGUUACUGCAUUCAUGGUUGAAACUCAUUUAGGGAAAGGGUUUCAGUAUUAAACCACGGGCUGCUUCUCCCCAGUUCCUCCUAACAAGUCAUUGUGCGGACUUCUCUCAUCUAAAAGGUUGGUGGCUUUUGCUUGGGAUCAGUGCUCUCUAUACACAUGUCCUUGCUGGUCUCUGAACACAUUCCUGUUGCAUUAAGACUUGAAAGAUUUGUAGAUGUGUGAUGUUCAGGCACAGGAUGCUAAGAGCUAUGUUACUAUUAGUUUGUAAAUUGUCCUUUUGAUACCAUCUUGUUUUCUUUUGUAGGUAUAAAUAAAUAAAAA